GUUUCGGGAGGAAAACAUCAAAUGUUUAGUAGUGCACAAGUGCUGAAUUGCUAAUAUAAAUUGAUAAGUGAAUAGCACUCUUAGAGGCUGAUUUGAACUGGUUGAAAUAUGAAGCCAAUGGUGUUGAUGUUUCUAGCCUAUCUCAGUUUCUGUUCGCUCACGGUGCGCAGAUAAUCUGCCACUUGUUUUGUUCAGUGCGACACAGAAUUGAAGUUUACUCUUCAUACCAGUUGAUGCACUUGGGCGCCUUUAUCGUGUUAACUGUUUACACAUGCAUAUAUUGACAAGUGCCCACACGAGUGACUGAAGUGGGGCAGUAUAAAAAGCCUGUGGUGCCAAGCUCGGACUAAAACCUAGUUGACAGUUUUUCACGCUGUAAUGUUUUGCAUAGCAACAGCCCCUCCCCCAUCCAACUGGCAGGGAUCCUCUGCAAGUUACCCUGCAGGGACAAAAACGUAAACAUCCGUCAUGUUCAAAAUUAAACUGUCGAAUAAAUCGAAAUACCAGUAGCUUUCAUAUUGAUGGCAUCAUAUCGCGCUCGUGGGUGUACGUGUGGGCAAAUACCGAGGAAGCAGCGUAUCUUAAUUUUCUGUGCGCCACUGAAACAGUUAACUCCAUACCCGGAAAGGGCGAAGUCUGCACAGCAACAAGCGCCAUGAUUGCGUUGCACUGUGCGUCUCAGCAGCUGGAUGCCAUGGAGCAGCUAGAAGAGGAACUUACCUGCCCAAUCUGCUGCGGUCUCUUCGAGGACCCACGGGUCUUGCUGUGCUCACACAGCUUUUGCAAGAAAUGCUUGGAGGGACUCUUGGAAGGAAACCGAGGUCCAGCUUUCAGAACACCUUUCAAAUGCCCCACAUGCCGCAAAGAGACCCCUCACAACGGCGCAAACAGCCUGCAGAUCAACUACUCUCUGCGCGGAAUAGUGGAGAAGUACAGCAAAAUAAGGGUUCUGCCUAAGAUGUCUGCUUGUAAACAACACUGCGACCAGCCUCUUAACAUAUUUUGCGCCACGGACUUAAAACUAAUUUGUGGGUUUUGCGCAACAACAGAUGACCACAAAGGGCAUAAAUUCUGCUCCUUGGAGGAGGCAUAUGACCAUGAGAAGGAGGCGUUUGAAGAGCUGUUUCACGGGGUGGAGAGCUGGCAGAGUGCAGAUAUCCUGUCCUGCCUGGAGACACUACAAACCAGUAAGAAAAAGGCUCUUCAGUCCGUGACCAAGGACGCAGAAAAGGUAACAGACUAUUUCGACAAGCUCAUCAGUGCACUUGAAUGCAAAAAGAAUGAGAUCCUCUCCGAUUUUGAAACACUGAAGCUGGUGGUGAUGCAAGCAUAUGACCCGGAGAUCACCAAGCUGAGCGCAGCACUGGAAGAGCAGAGACUGGCGCUCAGCAUCGCGGAGUCUUUCAGGAGCGUCUCCGACCCCUUGUGCUUUCUGCAGCAGAUGCAGGAGUUUCGGGAAAGAUUACAGGUCCUUAAGGAGACUCCCCUGCCCUCCCGGAAAGAGAUGGACGUCGGCCCCCUUGUGCGCAAUUUCGAUGUAAAAAAGUGGGAUUCACUAAGGCUCAGAGACGUGGACAAGAUCUCAGUCCCCCAUGAGAAUGGCUCGUACAGAGUGGGGGGCUCACGGAUGGCAGCGCCUCGGUGGAUCACCUUAUUUAUGAGUUUGUUGCUGUCAACUCUGCUCCUGCUGCAGCCGCACAACCUUACAGCCUGCGUAACCUCUCAGAUUGAACCAUUUCUUACUACAGUUUCCUCGCACCUCAGCCACACUGCUGUGUACCUGCGGGAAAUGACUGACAUGUGCACAAGUUUAAUGAGCGCAGGCCAGGAAUGUGUCGUGCACUUAAUUGACUCUACUGUCAGUUUUAUUGGCAGUUGUAAGUUGUUUUAAUUACUAGCCUGUGGCAUCUCACGCACUCACAGCUACAAAUUGUUUCCAAAGUGACCCGCGUGAUGCACAAAAGUGGUGACAAAUAUGCACCUGAGCAUAUGUAAACAUUUGUUUAUCUAAUUGUUUAUUAUGUCUUUUGCUCUUUUUUGCUUAACCUCUCUGAAGCCACAGAAUCAAUCAUUCAUUCAGAGAUUGAAGCCUUCAUUUACAUAGGACAGACACUAAAUCACACUUCUUUCCACAAAUGUGCGAUCUAUUCUUAAUACGAUGACACUUUUAUACUUCUCCAAGAUGAUCUUGAUAAAUAAAACUGAGAAAUGUAAGACACAUCCAUGUUUGAUUUUUUAUUUAGUGUAACAGGCCAAAUCAGACAUCUAUUUAGGAACCGUGGCGAGCCAGUGAACUACGCAAGUGAGUAAUUAAAGAAGUAUACAGUGUAAUCUAUGGCCUCUUCCCCGCAGAGCGCGUCCGCACCAGUGAUGCUGCAACCUCUUCAAGGUUACAAACGUUGCAUAACAGGGCCCGUGUGAAAUAUUCAGCAAGCUGCAGACACGGUGCGAGAGGUAAAAAAGAACACGGCCCCGUGGUGUUAUGUUGUUUUCAUGAAAUCUAAAAAACUGACAACUGCAUUUCUUCUACCCAAUGAUAAUACACCUUAUAUAAGACUACAUGAUUGACACGCGUACUCGGCAGUCACUUCAUUUCUGCACAAAAUUUACUUGCGGAGGUUCAUGCGAGUCAUUCGUAGCACGACUUGUUCCGGUCUAUAAAGUCAAACAUUUGCAGGAUGUUAAAUUAAAAGUAUAUUUUCUACCAUCUUAAUAUGAAGGAAACGUGAUUUUAAGCCUAAAAUCAAAGUGCAAUUAUGCAGGCAAAUUGAAGUUCUUAAAGUUCUUUUAAAUUAGGGUUUGCUCAGUGAAAUCUUUGGCUUAUCACCAACUGUGGUCUUCAUUAAAGUAGGUCGG